GCAAGCAUCAAAAUGAAGAAUCCCCAAACUUUUGAGGAGCAAACUGAGUGUGUCAUGAACUAUCUACUCAAUGACUUCUUACACCCCACGAUGUCGACUGGUAACCGCACCUUAAACUGUGACGAUUCUGAAACUGACUCAGGAGAGACUAGCUCUUUUGAUGAGGCCAUCAUUGUUGGUCGUCUUCGGAUGCUUGGUGACAAGUUCAACAAAGAAUUGGAAGCUUCUGUACAAGAUGUCAUCUCUGGAUUCAGUCAGAAACAGGAAAAAUCUGUACUUCAGAAUAUAGUAACAUCUCUCAGCCAGAGCUGGUGUGCUCAGGAUCCCACCUUGGCUUCUGAGAAAGCCUUCCUGGGAGUGUUAGUGAAACUUCUUGAAUGUGUGGCAAAAAAGAAUGCUGAAGUAGCACGAAACCUGGUUGUCCCAAUGACGACUAUCAUCAACGAGAACAGUCAAAUCCGGGGGUUCAUCCAGAGCCAGGGAGGUUGGGAAAAUAUGGAAUGCUAAAGAAGAGAUGGAGCUGUUUCUAGCUGGCACUGUGCUUCCUCUUUGACCGGAUUGAUUGAUUGCUGGCCAUUAAAACAAUCAAAUCAGAAGCUACAUUCUUUUGGAUAGAAUUGGUCUUAACUGCGUGAUCUGUUUCCACUGACUGGUAAAGCUAGGAGCUGCUUCCAAAGUUCAGUGGAGGUCUGUUUGAAUUUUAUUGAGGUUCUGUUGAAGCCAACACCUCCAGACCCAAAGUAAGUGUGUGUACGCAGUGUGAUUCCUGACAACAGGACAGGCCUUUGCUGGAGAUAUCUACACAGUAAGCUACCCCAGCUGAUGUAGGCUUGUCCUAACAGGGUCUUAUCUACUAGUUCUUUUCCUCUAGAAGAUUCAGGGAGAUUUUUAAUUGUAAGUUCUUAUUUUGAGCAUUUCCUUUUAAACUCAUAACUUAAAUUUCAUGGUAAUUUCACCUGAGGAAAAUUAUUUGAUGCAUUUUCUGGAUUGUAAGCAAAAAUUAGCAGUCUGUUUAUCUGUCCAGUGAGGACAUGCUCACAGCCAAGGGGGCAGGAAGGGCUGCCCCAGCCCGGACAGCUGGUCAGCCCAGCUCCGAUCAAGCUCACUGCACAAGAGUUUAUAAAAGUGUUUCCAUAUCACUUGUGAGCCAUGUAAACUGCUGAUUUCCAGGCUCCCUGCCUAGAGAUUCUGAAUCUUUAGGGAUGAACUGGGGUCGAGGAUACUGACUGACUUGUUACACAAGGCAAUUCUGAUGUUAUCAGAGAGUUUGAGAACCGUCACUUGAGAGCAGGGAUUGGAGAAUUCUACCCACAGGCUGAGUCAAUCGAGUGCUUUUUUUGUAUAUCAAGUUUUUGGAAUGCAGCUACUUGCUUACACAUUGUUUAUGAUUUGUGUUUUCACACUGCAAUGCAGAGUUCAGUGACUAUGGUAGACAAUCUAGGGUCUGUAAAGCUUAAAGUACAGAAAAAGUUUGCCAACUCUUACUCUAAAACUAAAUAAAUAUUUCUCCUUGAGCCUUAAAUACUGUGGUAAUUCAGAUAAUUCCUGCUACACACAAUUGUAGGCAGGAGACUUAUUUGAUCAGAAUUUAGUUUGAGAGUGUAAAUUCACUUCUAGUCCCCUGCUAGAGAAAAAAGUGAUUAGAAACAAAGCACUUAGCGUCUGUGGUCUGUGUGUCUCAAGUCAUCCAUCGUAAUCACGUAGAUUAGCAGAUGAUCAUCAAGUCAGACUGCUUCAUCCAGCUUCCAAGCCAGACCGCUUACCUGAAGUCAAGAAGAAAUAGUGCCAUAUCUAUUUUGCUAUAUCUAUUUUAUGACUUUGGCUAAAGCUAACCACAUCCCCUCCCUUCAGCCAUCUGGCUCCUUCAAUGCACAGAGAUAAAGGCGCAGUGCUGCUAAUAUCGUUGACAUUUUCCAAGUCUGCUAUUUCCUCUAUUCUUGAAUAAAUCACAAUAGUUUAGUAAUCCAGAAUGAGAUUUCAUGUUUCUCUUUAGUUGACCUUAAUUGUUUCGCUGCCAAUUUAAGACACUUGAUGUUCUCUUUGUUCCUUACAUUACUCUAAAACUCAGCAUGGUAAGUUUUGUGGUAUUUGACCUCUUAGACAAUAUCACUAAUUUCACUUUGACUAAUGCUUUUCAGUUCAUGAAAUAAAAUUCCUCUAUGCAAUUAAACAUGGUUCAGCACGCACAGUCUAAACUGUAUAAGAGAGAAACAGAACAGAUUGGAGUUGUCAGCACCAGAGGGUUAAAAAUGGUUAGAGAGUUGAUUUGUAAAAUUUCCUACCACAAAAAAAAAAAAAAGCUGCCUAACGCUGAGAGGUGAUAGAAGUACUAACUGACUAUAUUGUGGUGACCAUUUUGCAGGACAUAAAUAUAUUAAAGCAUUAGAUUGUAUACCUUAAACCUACACCGUGUUACAUGUCACAUACAUCAGUAAAACUGCAAAAACUAACCUGAACAAAAAGCGGUCUCUUUUCUUUCCCUUUUUAGACACACCAGCUCCCUAACUUACCCUACAUUCCCAUAAAACACCAGACUGUGAAUCUCGCUCUGCGUAUCCUGGGGUACCUGGUGAGUGAGGUUAUGGUGUCCCUAGGGAUUCCAGUAAAUGGGUAACGCCACCCUGGCCAGGGUCACCCUAUUCUAGGAAAGGCAAAGUGACUGGGCUCAAGAUUAAGCCCAGAGGACCCACCCUGUUGGCACAAGGGGUCAAAGUGCAGCACUAUGAAGCUAUCUACAGCCACUGCAACACAACUUCGUGGCAGGGGCAUGACCGUCAGGGAGUGACCCACAGGGCGCAGCAGACC